CAUGUUAGUCCCCUGGCUUCACAAAAUCGUACUUCAAAGGAAAAGCAAGAUGUUUGCAAAAAAAGACGAGGCACUUUCCUCGAACCAUUUGAAGAGCACGGAUGACGUGGCGGGCUCUGCAGGCGCUCCGGCCCCCAAUUGCUAAGCCUCUCACAGAGCCGCAUUGGCGCUUCAAAACCGCUUUCCCCUCAACUCUGCAGGUUGCCGACUCUUCCCUCCCGAACUCCUUGAAUCGCGAUAUUCUAAGUCUCACAUGGCACGAGUUUCUAUCCAGAGAGACCUUAACUGUUAUUGAGCUCAUUCGUCUUUUUGAAGUGCAAGAUCGUCGUCUUUCAAGGUUCAGCCUUGCAGGGGGUUGGGGUGGUCGCGGUGGUUUGUUUCCGAGUUAGCCCUUGAAGGGCCAAGAUGUUUGGUGCGAAUGGCGCGAAAGCCCCAAAUUCGACUCCAAAAGUGGGUGGGGAGAAGGAGAAAUCCUCGACCAAUGAAGAGGAAAUUGGCACUUGGUUGUGCGAGAAAGGGCCAUAUCAGGAAUACAUCGCUUCACUAAUUGGUUCCAUUCCAGGGCUUAAGCACCCAGAUCCUAACAACAAGGAUCACCCUCUAAAGCCCGGGAAUGCGACUGUCAUUCUUCUAGAUGCAUCGGCUGCUGGACAGCCAAACUUUGCGAAGGAACAAUUUAAGAACCCAUCAGGUCUGCGGAGGCACCUUGGCACCACAAAUCAUUCGCACGACCGGAGAAGAAUAUACAUAAUGGAGGGUCUUGCUCAAGACUACGUGGCGAUACUUGGAGGGCACUUCUUUAUGGAGCCAUUGUUCUUCCAGAGGCAAGAGCGUACUUGCGUUUGGAGUAACAGAUUCACCCCCACGAGCGACGCUUUGCCUCAACCAUCCCUCCUAGACCCGGAAAAGAUGUUUCACCUGCAGUAUUGCGAACUCCGUCAAUUUAGCAAAACGAUGCCAAACUCGCCGUUCUUCUGUCAUAGAACAGGGCGUCACGUUGGUAUGACGCCCGCACGGCACGCAGAGAAAACCACCGCAGGUAUCCUUCGUCGUAAGAUUUCUUGGUGGUGUAGACAGACCACUGGUGGUGGCUGGGAUGUUGUCAUUCUCUGCGAUCCUCAGCUCCACGACCUUUCAAAUCACGACGGAGUGAAAUACGAUUCCAUAACAAAUUCUGCCUUUCAGGACGGAUACAAUGACUUCCUUCCUACUCCAGAUCGAGAUCGGGCUCAUUCUAAACCUCAUCAUCCCCAUCAUUCAAUGUUGCAAGACCUUUGUCAUUAUCUCGAGAACCAUUCUGAUUUGAUUUCCGAGAAAGAUUGGGAGAAACCCGUAACCUCGUCCUUCUUCCUCAAGAAAAUAGUUGCCGCACACUACCUCCAACUUGUCGAUUAUAUAAAAGCCAUGCUUCCAUCGCUCGAGCUUCGCCUAACAACAGCCUGGAUCGAAGAGCAGGAUCAAUGGAAGAGUCUGCAGACGAUUAGCCGUCGCUGUGGUAACUAUCGGGACGAUAUCGAGGACACACUUCUGAGUCUCGGCUAUCCUGUCAACGAAUUCCAAUCGCCACGGCGUGUUGACUGGAGGGAUGACCAGAAAGAUUUCCAGUACAUAUACUUCCGUCUGAAGAUCCUCAAGCAACGCGCCGACACUCUCAUGCAAGCGAUGACCGGUCUCGCAAGCAUAGCCGGAAACCGACAGAAUCUCGAAGAAGCCAAACGAGUUAAGCGCCUGAACAUUCUCGCAUUACUUUUUAUUCCUCUAGCAUAUACGUCAAGUCUAUUCAGCAUGUCGGAAGCAUUCGCGCCCGGAGCCGGGAAGUUUUGGAUCUAUUGGGUCAGCGCUAUACUCGUCCUAGCAUUCACGUUUCUCGCAACUUGGUUGAUGGAUACCGCAUUAGAUGAUGCUGCACAAUGGAAAUUAGGGCCGUUGAAGUUUCUAGGCAAGGACACUGAUAGAAGACCGAGGCCUAAGAAGACUGGGACUGGUCUUUGGGAUAAGCAUGUUCAUCGAGGUUGACAAUGCCUGUUGUUGUCCUCUUUAGCCUUCGCGUCUCCUGGUUGCACGUUGGGGCCGUUCCUGAUAUUUGUCCCCAUUCUUAGUAUUUCCUAAGUAGGCAUUGUGUCGCCUUGGGGGGUUUUUUUUUCUUAUUCUACCAAGGAACAGGUGAGCAUGAACUCUAAGUAUUUGGAUAUACAUGACUCUACGAUGACCUAGAACUAAACAAUUUAUUGUACAAUUUGAACGAAUAUAAAUUCCUAGAACACCAACAU